ACGCACGCAAGUCGCCGACGAUGCAAUCUUUUUCAAUCCAAAUCUGAAAUCCGCGACGUGUAGAUGUGAUAAAGUACGACGGUCACAGUGCGAUCCGAAUUACAGGAAGUGAAAAGUGAUUAUUAUGCGAUAGAACACGGUGUAGAAGUGACACGUUUCAGUAGGUAAUUUUGUGAGGAAGAACUUUUCGGCAGAUUCCGUUCCGGCUUCAUUCAGUAAAUUUCAGGAACUAAAUUCCUUUGGGAAAAAGCGCAUCAUCAUGGUAGAGGACACUAUCAAAGAAGAGCAGGAGCAAUCCAAGAAAGCCGCCAAGAAGGCAGCAAAGGAUGCCGCCAAGGCCGCUAAGAAAGCUGAACACAAGGCGGCCGCUGCCGCCGAAAAGGGCCAGCAGGAAACGACCGGAGACGAGAGCAAAGACUACUCGGUCGGCCUGUACGGUGUGACCAAAAUGAUCCAGAGCACGGGCAAGCACGCCGACCGAAACUUCGUGAUGGUUCACGAUUUGUCCACCUGCGCAAAGGACUCCCUUGUGUGGGUUCGAGGUCGAGUCCACACGUCCCGUGCCAAGGGCAAGCAGUGCUUCUUGGUGCUCCGUCAGCAGAGCAGCACCGUCCAGUGUGUGCUGGCCGUGAACGACAGCACCGUUUCGAAGCAGAUGGUCAAAUUUUCCGGAAGCAUUCCACGGGAAAGCAUCAUCGACAUCAAAGCCAAGGUUGUCCAGGUGGAAAGCAAGAUAGAAUCGUGCACGGAACAGAACCUGGAGCUGCAUGUUGUUGAGAUUUUCCUGGUUUCGGCAGCGAAGGCUCAACUUCCGCUGCAGAUUGAAGACGCCGCGCGGCCGGAGAAAUCCGACGAUCCGGAAGCGUUGAAAAUCCGUGUCAACCAGGACACCCGAUUGGACAAUCGGGUCCUGGACUUGAGAACGCCUGCGAAUCAGGCCAUUUUCCGUUUGGAGGCUGGCGUGUGCAAACUGUUCCGUGACAUCCUGUCGAAUAAGGGCUUCACGGAAAUCCAUACGCCGAAGAUUAUCUCCGCUGCCAGUGAGGGAGGCGCCAACGUCUUUACGGUCAGCUACUUUAAAGAAUCGGCUUAUCUGGCUCAAUCUCCGCAGUUGUACAAGCAGAUGGCGAUCGCCGCUGACUUCGACAAGGUGUUCACCGUGGGCGCCGUGUUCCGAGCGGAAGACUCCAACACUCACCGGCAUUUGACCGAAUUCGUUGGUCUCGAUCUGGAAAUGGCCUUCAAAUAUCAUUAUCAUGAGGUGUUGGACACCAUCGGCAACACAUUCACCGAAAUCUUCAAGGGUCUGCGCGAUAACUAUGCCCGCGAAAUCGCCGCCGUUGGUCAGCAAUACAACGUUGAACCGUUCAAGUUUUUGGAACCUCCAUUAAAGCUAGAAUACGCCCAGGCGGUUACCAUGUUGCGGGAGGCCGGUGUUACCAUGGACGACGAAGAGGAUCUUUCGACGCCGAGUGAAAAGCUUCUUGGUAGAUUGGUGAAGGCCAAGUACGAUACCGAUUUCUAUAUUUUGGACAAAUUCCCGCUGGCGGUGCGACCGUUCUACACGAUGCCCGACCCCAGCAAUCCCAAAUAUUCCAACUCGUACGAUAUGUUUAUGCGCGGCGAGGAGAUCCUGUCCGGAGCGCAACGUAUCCACGAUCCGGAAUACUUGGUGGAACGCGCAAAGCAUCACGCAAUCGACAUUUCAAAAAUUGCCGCCUACAUCGAAGCGUUCCGUUUCGGGUGUCCUCCGCAUGCCGGCGGUGGCAUCGGUAUGGAGCGCGUUGUCAUGCUGUACCUAGGGUUGGACAACAUCCGAAAAACGUCGAUGUUCCCCCGUGACCCGAAGCGGCUUACGCCUUAAACGACGGCCGACCACGGCAACUUCUAUCACAGCAGCAGCACAGUUCCCAGUUUAACGUUUUGUUUGUGUUAACUUUCUGUCCCAUUCCCUCCGUGUAGUUUCGUUAGAUCCACGGACAUUGAUUGUCCACAUUUGUAGGUGCUAACUCUUCGUAGGUAUGCGCGAGCGCACAUCAUCGUCAAAAUCCUUGAUAAGAGAGGCGACCAAUCGCAAGGGAGGGAAUUCAAAAAAUAAUCGUUUUAGGGACUCGCUUCAAAAAGACUAGUUCAUCCGGGAAGCUAUAACUAGACCUAACAAUUACAAUAAUAAUUUAGUGAGGAAAUCGGUACGAACUGAACGGAUACUUAACCGGAACCUGAAACGCGAAAAAUACGAAGUUUAAACGGAUCUUGCGAGCGUGUGAGUGAGCAAACCGAACGGCAGAUGAGUGAUCAAAUAUGCGAGACUUUUUUCCAUUGCCUGAGGUGAAAGUGAUCUUUGUCGAUAAUGAACUUUAAUACAACAAACAAUCUACUUCGA